AUGAAGUUUAGAAUUUGGGCAUUUUUAUUGUGCCUGUGGGCUGUAACGCUAGCUGCUGCUGCUGCUAAUGCAGAAGAAAUCAAUUCAUCCAAUGAUGUGGCAAAUGAAUCUGCCGAAGAGGAACCCGUGGAUGAGGACAAUAUAGACUAUGAUGGAGACUAUGAAGGUGAUGUGGGUGAGGAUGAAGAAUUUGAUUAUGCUGGAGAUGAAGACGACAACGAUGGAAGCGAUGUGGAAUUAGACAUCGAAGAAGCUGAAAAUGAUGGGGAUGAUUACCCCGAUGAAAAUGAUCAAACGGAAAAUGCGGAUGUAGCAACCGACAACAUGCCGGAAGUUUAUCCUUUUGAAAUUGAUGACCAAGAUAUUGAUGAUGAUGUAGAUUAUGAUGAUGAGGAUUACGAUGAGAAAGAAGAGGUCUCAACACAGGGCUCAAAACCUUCGUCACCUGUGCGUAAAUCCAAACCCAAAACCAAAGCACACAAGAAAUCUGCCAGAAAUAAUCGUCAUCGAGCCAAGGCUGGCAAACGCUCAAAGAAACAUGCCAGGAAACACAAGUAA